AGGAAGUAGCAUUAACGCGGGUUGCGUAUGAACCGUAUUUCGCGGGAGAUUAACUAACUGCAGACUGCCUGCUGUCAACACGGACGAUAAAAGUUGCUAAGUUUGUAACAUAAUGAGUUUAUGGGUGGAUAAAUACCGACCGACUUCUCUCGGGAAGCUCGACUAUCACAAAGAGCAAGCGACGCAGCUGAAGAACCUGGUUCAAUGUGGCGACUUCCCACACCUGUUGGUGUACGGUCCAUCAGGUGCGGGGAAGAAGACCCGCAUUAUGUGUCUGCUGAGGGAGCUGUAUGGAGCAGGGGUGGAGAAGCUCCGCAUAGAGCACCAGACCAUCGUGGCUCCCUCAAAGAAGAAAAUUGAGAUAAACACUAUAGCCAGCAACUACCACUUGGAAGUCAACCCAAGUGAUGCUGGCAACCAGGACCGUGUGGUGAUUCAAGAGCUGAUUAAAACUGUGGCUCAGUCUCAGCAGAUCCAAUCAAGCACCCAGAGAGACUUUAAAGUGGUGUUGCUAACAGAGGUGGACAGACUCACAAAGGAUGCCCAGCACGCCUUGCGCCGGACAAUGGAAAAGUACAUGUCCACCUGCCGUCUCAUCCUCUGCUCUACCUCCACCUCCAAAGUCAUUGGGCCAAUUCAGAGCCGUUGUCUGGCUAUCAGAGUUCCUCUGCCGAGCACAGAAGAGGUCUGUAGUGUUCUGACAUCAAUCUGUAAAAAGGAGGGUCUGCUCCUCCCACCUGAGCUGGCGAAGCAAAUCAGUGACAAGUCUGGUCGCAACCUCCGUAAAGCCCUUUUGAUGUGUGAGGCCUGCAGAGUGCAGCAGUAUCCAUUCUCUGCAGACCAAGACGUCCCGGAGACGGACUGGGAGGUCUACCUCAGAGAAACCGCUAAUGCCAUCGUCAGCCAGCAGAGCCCUCAGAGGUUGUUGGAGGUUCGAGCCAGGCUGUACGAGCUGCUGACUCACUGCAUCCCUGCUGAUAUCAUCAUGAAGGGUCUGGUAACAGAGUUGUUAAGUAACUGCGAUGGUCAGCUGAAGACGGAGGUGGCUCACAUGGCAGCCUACUACGAACACAGACUGCAGCUCGGCAACAAAGCUAUCUACCACCUCGAGGCCUUCACUGCAAAGUUCAUGGCCAUUUACAAGAAGUUCAUGGAGGACGGUCUGGAUGCCAUGAUGUUUUGACUCUGAAUGGACUAAAAUAGUUACUUUUCUCGACGGGGGGUCAACAGGCAUCGUUGAUUUCCUGUUAUCUUGCUCUUUUGCCCCAACAAGACUUUCACUGGACUUGGUGCAGAUUUACGUUUGUAUUCUGUAAAGCAUGGAGGUGACACUGACAUAACUCACCCCAGGAUGAAUCUUGAUAGUCCUGAAGUUUGUGGCUUUAUGCCAUGAAUUGUUACCCAAAACCUCAGCAGCAUUCACAGUUUGUACACCUCGAGCUGUUGCUGUAGUGGUGUAAAAUAAUCCAAACAGUAGAGGCGGGAAAAGGCAGUGACUUGUAUUAAAAUGUACUGCAAGGACAUGAGGUUUUUCUAGAGAU